CUCUUUUCCUCUCUCUCUUCUACCCCUACCCUACCUCUCCCAAUAGCUCUUUCAAGUGUCAUUUUCUCAUAUAUACUUCACACAAAAGAAACAACCAUUCACUUCUUCAACCUUACCUUCUCUCUCUCUCUCUCUCUCUCUCUCUCUCAAUCUCAAAUUAAUCUCUAGCUGCAACUAAUCUUCCCAAUUCCUCAACAAACAAACAAUCCUCCAUAUCCACACAAAAGUGAAUUAUUUAGAGGGGAAAGUGAAGAAGAGAAUGGAGCUGUUUCCGGCACAGCCAGACCUGUCUCUGCGGAUCAGCCCUUUAAACAGCACCACCUCAUCGAGCUGGAGAAGAGGAGGGGAAGAAGAAAUGGAUUUGGGGUUUUGGAAGCGGGCUCUCGAGUCAAGAGCCUCCCUCUCUUCAAUGCCCAAGCCCGACCUCAACCUCUCUAAUCCACCCAGGGUUUCCGACACCACCAACGCCCACCAGCACCACCACCUCCUCCACGGCGGCUUCGCCCGGCCGCAGCUGGGGGAGGAAGUGAAUUUGAGGCCGAUUAGGGGAAUUCCGGUGUACCAAAACCCUCCUUCUUUCCCCUUCACACCUCAUUAUCACCACCACCAUCAACAGCAGCACCACCAGCAGCAGCAGCAUCAUUUGGAAUCAUCUUAUAAUCACAUCGCAACCGCAGCGUCGGUGGCGCCCUACACCUCCCAAGGCCUCAUGCGAUCGCGCUUCCUCUCCAGAUUUCCGGCUAAGCGGAGCAUGAGGGCCCCACGGAUGCGCUGGACCACAACCCUCCACGCCCGUUUCGUUCACGCCGUUGAGCUCCUCGGCGGCCAUGAAAGAGCUACGCCCAAAUCAGUUCUCGAGCUCAUGGAUGUCAAAGAUCUCACCUUGGCUCACGUUAAAUCCCAUUUACAGUUUUUGCAGAUGUACCGCACAGUGAAGUCUACUGAUAGAGCCUCAGCUAAUUCAGGAAAUUUGGAAGCACUCGAAAAUGGGUCGUCCGGGGAUACAUCAGACGACUUUCUCUUUGAUAAUAUUCAGAAUUCACACAAGUCUGAAGUAUCUGUGGAGAAGGGAAGGCAAUUUAAUGUUGAUCAAGAAAGGGAAUAUAGUGUUUUGUGGAGCAAUUCCUCAAGCGGGCAAGAAGCUUGGUUGCAUGGAAGAGAAGUGAACGUACAACCUCACCUUCACGAGAAGGAGAUAUGUGAUGUGAGCUCAUCAUCAGAGACAAGCAGAAGCCCUAAGAAGAAGAUGAAGCCUAAUUUGGAGUUCACGUUGGGGAGAGAAUGAUGCAUCUUGCUACUCAUUUUCAAAUCAUUAUAAAUCUUCUGACUCAAGAGAAUCAGGUGCCCACUGAGAUAAAUCUGAAAAGAAAAAGCAGAUAAAGAAAGACAGGGAGACAAGAAAGACAGAAAGCAUACAAAAGGGAGAUAGGUAGGAAAAAAAAAAAGAAAAGAAAAAGGCUAAUAUAUGCUUGCUGUCAAGGUUAUCAUCUGAUUCUCAUCAUUACAUUACAUUUUCAUAUAUUACUAAUAUGUAUUCUGAGCUGAGGUAAAUAUUAAGAUAAUGUAAUUCCCAUCGGUUUUCUCUUAUUUAAGUAACUUAUGUUGAUA